CUGGCCGGUGUACAUUGAACUGAAGAGUGCAGACGCUGUACAAGGGCCGAUAAAUAUAUCUCAUAUAAAUCUUGUUAGGCAUACCACGUGGAACCUACGUUGCGGAAAACCAACCAUAGAGUUUUUUUACAUAAUAUAUAUAUUUUUCAAUAUCUUAAAACUUUCCAAAUAUAUAUUUUUGUUGUAAAUUGUAUAUUGAUAUGGCCGAUUACUUAAUUUGUGCUGGAGCUGGUUAUGUACCUGAAGAUGGUCUUACAGGGGCACAGCUGUUUUCCAAUGGGGAUGGACUUACAUACAAUGACUUCAUUCUACUGCCAGGUUUCAUUGAUUUUACUGCAGAUGAAGUUGACUUGACAUCAGCCCUGACAAAGAAGAUUACUUUGCAGGCUCCUUUGGUCUCUUCCCCCAUGGACACAGUGACAGAGUCAGAAAUGGCAAUCGCCAUGGCGCUUUGUGGAGGCAUUGGAAUCAUUCACCAUAACUGCACGCCUGAAUACCAAGCCAACGAAGUCGCCAAAGUUAAGAAAUACAAACACGGAUUUAUCCGUAACCCUAUUGUCUUGUCACCUGAACAUUUUGUGGCAGAUGUAUUUCGGCUAAAAAAAGAACAUGGUUUCUGCGGUUUUCCAGUCACAGAAAAUGGUAAAAUCGGUGGAAAACUGGUCGGAAUUAUCACAUCCAGAGAUAUUGAUUUCCGUGAAGAUGCCCAAAGUCAAAGACUAAAAUUAGAGACUGUCAUGACAAAAUUGGACCAGUUAGUAUACGCCACUUCCGAUGUCACCUUGGAAGAAGCCAACAGCAUUCUGGAGAAGUCCAAGAAAGGAAAACUUCCGAUAGUUAAUGACAAAGGAGAGUUGGUAGCCUUGAUUGCUCGUACUGAUCUGAAGAAGUCCAGAGAUUACCCCCACGCCAGUAAAGACGAAAACAAACAGUUGCUCGUCGGUGCAGCCAUCAGUACACGGAAUGAGGAAAAAGAAAGACUAAAACUUCUAGCCGCCGCUGGAGUCGAUGUUAUUGUUUUGGAUUCUUCUCAAGGAAAUUCAGUUUAUCAAAUAGACAUGAUAAGGUACAUAAAAAAAGAAUAUCCCGAACUUCAAGUCAUCGGUGGUAAUGUGGUGACUGCUGCUCAAGCCAAGAACCUGAUAGAUGCGGGCGCUGACGGAUUAAGAGUAGGAAUGGGCUCAGGCAGCAUCUGUAUCACACAAGAAGUGAUGGCUGUGGGUAGGCCCCAGGGUACAGCAGUGUAUAAGGUGUCAGAGUAUGCUAGGAGGUUUGGCGUCCCAGUCAUUGCUGACGGAGGAAUACAGAACAUCGGCCACAUUAUCAAGGCUCUAUCUCUAGGAGCAUCUACAGUGAUGAUGGGUUCACUGCUGGCUGGAACAUCUGAAGCCCCAGGGGAGUACUACUUCUCAGACGGAGUCAGGCUCAAGAAGUACCGAGGAAUGGGCAGUCUGGAGGCCAUGAACAGAAAGGAUGCCCAGGGUGGUGCCAUGGACAGAUACUUUCACAGUGAGAUGGACAAGCUGAAGGUGGCGCAGGGAGUCAGUGGCUCCAUCGUAGACAAAGGCUCUGUUCUGAGGUUCCUACCGUACCUGCAGUGUGGUCUGAGACAUGGUUGUCAGGAUAUCGGAGCUCGCAGUCUCUCACUCCUCAGAUCGAUGAUGUACUGUGGUGAGCUCAAGUUCGAGCGCAGAACACAAUCAGCGCAAUCUGAGGGCAACGUUCACAGCCUCUUUUCAUACGAGAAACGACUUUUCUAGCUAAGCUCUGGGGGAGAUGGGAAGGCUAAGUAAGCAGUUCUUGCCCCUACACCAACCCAAGGAUACCACAUUCUUCAUGGUAUUUUUAUGUGAUACACACAAGGAUUUCAUGUUCCUUCCUUGAAAUAUUUCAUGAUUAUCUGAUUAUUUACAUAAUAUUUUAUAUUAUUUGUGUUCCCAUGUUGUUCUUCAAAGGGUAUCCCUUUUAAAUAAUAGCUAUUUUUAAGACACAAUCAUUUCUUUAUGAUCACGAUUAUUGGUUAACUUCUUUUGUAUGUAUUUUUUGCAUCAGUGUUUAAAUACUACCUGUUACUCCUGUUAAAUAAUAGCUAGUAUUUGUAUUUUGUUUGAUAUAAUCUUUUCUUUAUACAAUUGCGAUUAUUGGUAUUAACUGCGGUCAAUUUUUUAGUAUCUCAGUUAAUAAUGGCUUGUAUUUGUUGUUUUUACGUUAUCUUCUUUACACAGAUCAGUUAUUUUAUAAUUUAACCUCUGAUAGAAGUUUUUUUGUUUCUUUUUUACAUAAUGACUAUUUUGUAUUUUCACUACAUAAUCUUGAGGGUAAGUCUCUGUAAUGCUUAGGUAAGUUUUGUUGUAGAUUAUUUCUUUUUUUAUGUAUCAGUUGUUUGAUGUUUUAAUGCUAAAUAUUUCGGAAAUUCUCCUCUGAAAAUUAAUACUUUUCCAUUUAUAUUUGUAUACAUGUUUUUCUCACUUCUUUUUUAGUAAAAUAUUCAGAAAGUUCUUUGUUAUGUCAAGGAUUAACACCAUAUACUAAUAAAUGUUAUUGCAAGUUUAUUUUUACAAUUUGUUAUAAAAUAAUUUUGGUUGUUAUUUAUAUUUUGUGUUGUUAUCUACUUCACUGAGUCAAUCAAUGGACUAUUUUCUAUCUUGUCCAACCAAAUGCAUAAGAGAUUUCUUGUGUAUUGGUUUAAAUCAAUCAUCUGGUUUAUGAUGUGAUAAAAGUGUUAUCUACAAUGUCAUUUUCUUCCAUGUUGUUUUAUUGAGAAUCGUUUUAGUUCAAGAAUUUGCCGACUUGUAAUAAAAAUUUGCUUACUUCACUUUGUUUAAUGUUUUGAAUUUUUCAUAUAAUUCAAAGUUUACAAUAAUAUUUUCCCUAAAUUAUUUCUUAAAUUAUAUUUUAUUCCUACAAUUUUGAUAAUUUAUGCGUAUUUCAGUGAUAGCUGAGAAAGCAAAUGUGAGCAUUCUUAUUUUAUGUACUAAUUACUAAUAUUAUAUGAACUUGCUUUAUAACUGUAUAUGGCUGUGUUCUGUUAAUUUUGAGAAGUUGCUGGUUACUAUACUCCUGUAUGUAAACCUGAGUAUUCAAAACCAUUUUCUACUGGAGGAUAAAUUAUAUAUCUUUCACUGUUCAUGAAUAUAUUUGAUUUAAAAUUUAGUACAUUUGCUUGAACUUAAAGAAAUGUUAGAAUUCUGAGGUUUAAGUACAGGAGUAUUUUUCAUGUUGUGUGAUAGUUAAUAUUUUAAUAUAAGAGAGAACUAGAUUAAAUGUACAUACAUGAUGUAAAAUUACACAUAAAUCUAAAUCUAAAUAUUUCAAUAAAGUUUUCAAAUUUGUACUAUACACUCGUUAGUCGUUAUGCAUUUAUUCUUGACAUUUUAUUUCUAUCGCUCAAGCUAACAAGUGACUUGUUACUUUCUGUCCAGAGAACACUUCUCUCCUCUCUGUACCAGCAUAUGAUCAUAUGUACCAUAUAAUCUGUAAUCAAUCAUCGUAAGUACAAACAGUUUUACACCUUUUUCAAAAUGAAUUUGUGAGUUGUUUCAGAAAUAUACCAUAUUUUAGCAAUAAACAUACAAGGCAUAAUAAAUUUACAAAUAAAUUUACAAAAUUUAUAAUUUUUGUAAAUUUAUAAAUUUACAAAUUUAUACUAGAAUAUAACGCUUGACACAUUAAAAACCAAGGAUAAAUAUCCAAGUGCAACCAACAAAUCCUGAUAUUUUAUGCUAAAUCUUAUGAAUAUAGACCAACAUAUUUUAAUAUUCCCUUUACCAAAAUUUUUAACAUUUAUUGUAGGCAUUUUCUAUGUGUAAUGUGCCAAUGUUGUGCCAUUGUGCUUUUCAAGUAUUCAUACUGGAAUAACGUACAUAUCUUUUUUACUAUGAUCUUGUAAUACUAUAAAUGCAACACUUUAACUAAGAGUUUUGUUGUAGUUGAUUAAAUCGUCUGUUCAAAAAUGUUUUGAGAGUUUGUGCAAAGCACAAUACACAGUACUACAGAUUGUGUAUUUGAAGAAUACUUGUCUUACAUUUUCCUUACAAUCCCUUUUUAAUUCUAUUUCUAUUGUUGUCAAUUUUUAUUUAUUGAUUGUGGACUAUUUUGGCAUUUUAUUAUUUAGUAACAAAAUAUUCACCAUGUUAUUGUAUGUUGCUCAGUAGUGUGUUAUCAUUUUAGGCAGUAGCAUUGGUAGAAUUACUUUAGCCGUAAUUGAUCUCAUCAAAGUCUAAGAUUUUUGUUUUUCUAUGUAAUGAAAUAUCAGGAAUAACUUCUGGUUUGGCUUGCAUAAGUUUCUAUACGUAUUGGAAGUCUGUAUGGGUAUGUUUAUUUUACCAAUCUUAAAAUUAGCACUGUUGUUAUUUAUCUCCCGGAUUAUAAUGGUUCAUUAAAACACUGUAAUUUUAUUGUGAUGAGAAGUAGAUAAGAUUACAGUAUAUAUUUUAACUAGGGACAGGUCGUUACUCGAUGCCACAGAUACUUGGACAUUGGUAUCGGUAUCGAGAAUCGAUCGUCAAAAGUUGAUUCCGAUACCGAUGCUCAACUCAUCUGCGAAGGUUGCGUGAUCGAAAAAAUUACCGCUAUUGCCACGAUUGUGCAAGAUGACAAUCACGCUUCCGUGAUUGCUGCAGAUGAGGAACCAUGACAAAUGUUUCAUGAAUUGGCGUUUUAAAAUUUUUUUGUUAGUUAUUCACAGGGAUGUAAUUCAUGUUUGUACACAUGUACCACCUUGGCUAGAGCGCCUAGAUUGAUAAAUUCUUUUCAACGUAAAUUCUAUAGUUUUUUAUAUAGAAAACUAUAAGAAAGAUUUUUGCUAGUUCCAUGUUUAUGGAAUUAUAUUUAAUUUUCUACACUAUUAUACAUAAUUAAUUAGUUUGUGUAUUUGUAUAUUUUGUUUUUUUGAACCUAAGUACAGUUUAUGUGUUUUUUAUGUAAUUAUUUUACAUUUGUUAUGUUCAGUUGAUUUAUAAAUAUGGUAAGCUUGUGAACGAAGUAUAGCUUUAACAAUAUUCAUCACAAGCACUAAUGUAAAAUGAAAAAAAAAUUAAAAUUUAUAAUGGUUUAGAAGUUAUUGUGGUAUAAUUAAGAUGUAUAGAAUUUCUCGUCUGUAUUUUUCAUUUUUAUAUAUCUACACAAGCAAUGAAUAUUCCACUGUUAGGGUCUAUGGUGUUUUUACUGUGGUAAAUACAAUAUAUUUGAGCAUCGAAAGUGAUCUUGAAAUAAAAAGUUUAAGGUUCUUGGUAACAUAAUUUUAGACUAAGAAAUGUGUAACAAUGUAAAAUUGACUGGUUUAUUCAAUUUAUAUAGUCUUACAUACUAUAAUUUUUGCCUCUAAAUUUUAAAUGAUUUAUUUCCAAAUGGCUAUAAAAAAGUGAUUUAUUCCACUUAAUUCUAUACAUAAUACAUUUUUUAUGUCAUGAUCAGUGUAAGAAGGUUUGUUGUUUCCUAUUGUAAAAACCGCUAAAGAUUUAAAAUAUGUUUUGCGUAAUUUUGUUGUACAAAUUUCAACAUUUAAUGUUUGAUUUAACAUGGGAAUUGCUUUUGAGCCCAAGUAACUUGAAGAUAUUUUGUUUUGGUUUUUGAUAUUAAUGAAAUAUAAAUGUAUGACCUAGAUAUUUUUAUGAUUUCUUUGUUAUGUUUGGUGAAAAACCAGAAAUAGAAAUGAGAAUAAUGAA